AUGCUCUCCAAGGUUUGUAUUGUCGGCUUGCUCGAAGCCCUGACGGUCCUCAAUGCUGCCGCUGCGACUCCUUUGGCGAAGAGAGACUCGUCAUGCAAUACUCCAGAAAACCGGGCGUGCUGGGCAGCUGGUUUCGACAUCAUGACGGACUAUGAGGAGAAGACACCAUUAACCGGCCGUACCGUGAAUUACACGCUUGUCCUUGAGCAGUAUGAGAGCUAUACUGGUCCGGAUGGUGGCAUCAAGCAUGAUGCGAUGCUGUUUAAUGGCUCCUUCCCUGGUCCAACCAUUACCGCAGAUUGGGGUGACUGGAUCAACGUCACUGUGAUUAACAAGCUUCUGACCAAUGGCACAUCCAUUCACAUGCAUGGCAUCAAUAUGCGGAACAACAACAUCAAUGAUGGCGUCAAUGGUGUCACUGAGUACCCGAUCCCACCGAACGGAACAAAAUCCUACCUGUUUUUGGCCGACCAGUACGGAACUACUUGGUACCACUCUCACCACUCGUCACAAUACGGCAACGGUGUUCUUGGCCCUCUGGUGCUCAAUGGACCGGCAAGUGCCAACUAUGAUGUUGACUUGGGCACCUUCCCCAUCAAUGACUGGUAUUACGACUCAGCAGAUCGGAUCUUAUCCCGACUACAGGCCCUUAAUCCGCCCGCUGCCGACAACAUUUCCUUCAAUGGCACCAAUGUCAACCGGACUGAUAUCACUAAGGGAAAGUACGCGAAGGUGCCCCUGGUAUUGAAUCCGCCCGCUGCCGACAACAUUUUCUUCAAUGGCACCAAUGUCAACCGGACUGAUAUCACUAAGGGAAAGUACGCGAAGGUGCCCCUGGUAUUGAAUCCGCCCGCUGCCGACAACAUUUUCUUCAAUGGCACCAAUGUCAACCCGACUGAUAUCACUAAGGGAAAAUACGCGAAGGUGGUAUUGACUCCUGGGCUGAAGCAUAUGCUUCGGUUGAUUAACCCCAGCGUGGCUUAUGCGUUCACAUUCUCCAUCGUAGGACACAACUUCACUGUCAUAGCCAACGAUCUCGUGCCUCUUAAUACCACCCACCCGAACACCACGUCUGAAGAAGAAAUCACCAGUGACCCCGGUAACGGCAACUACUGGAUCAACGCUACCCAACCCACCAAUGGAGUUUGUGGGAAUUUCAACGGAAAGCCUGCGGCUAUUCUGAGCUACGACUUGUACCCGAAUGCGUCUGACCAACUUCCGAUUGUUGAUGGACCAGUGCCGGAAGAUUUGCGCUGUGAAGAUACCACAGACUUUCGGCCCGUCGUGGCCCGCGAUAUCCCCCCGAGCGAGUUCAGUAUUUCUCCAUCAAACACGCUCCCGGUUCAUCUCGAGUUGCGCGACGACACAAAUCAGACUAAAGUUUUCUGGACCGUCAAUGAUAUCGCCCUCAACGUCAGCUGGGAAAAACCUAUUUUGGAAUUUGUCCGAGAAGACAACACCUCAUGGCCUUAUGAUGAGAAUGUGCUGGAAAUUCCCCCCGACAGCGAGUGGAGCUUUUGGCUUAUUGAGAGCGAAUUUAACUAUCCUCACCCCAUGCAUCUACACGGCCAUGACUUCGUCAUCCUCGGCAGGUCUCCGGCACUCGACGGCCCAACCCUGAACAACCCCAUGACGCCAGUCCGGCAUUUCGACCCUGUCCUUGACACUCCCCAUCUGAACUUCACGAACCCGACACGGCGCGAUGUCACAAUGUUGCCCGGUAAAGGCUGGCUGAUUGUGGCCUUCCGAAACGACAAUCCGGGAGCUUGGUUGUUCCAUUGCCACAUUGCCUGGCAUGCCAGUAUGGGGUUGAGCGUGCAGUUCCUCGAAAGAAAGGACGAAAUCAAGGAAAAGAUGGACCUGAACUUGCUCGUACCCAACUGCAAGGCCUGGCAAGCCUACAUCGACACUAACCCCCCUUGGCAUCCAAAGUAA